CCGGUCGGCUGCUCCCCUCCGGGGGUGGGAGGUGGCCGGUGCCUUGAGGACCGAAGCCCGGUUUGAGCGGGAGAGCCUCUCGGCUUUGUCAGUGGGAAGCCGGGAAGCAACCCCCCCCCCCGGCCCCGGGUGCUGGCCGUGAUGCGCAGACCGGCCUCGGGGUGCUGUCGGCGGGAGGGGAGAAAGCAGCGGUAGGGCUGCGGCGGUCCUGAUGUAGAGGAAGAUCCGAAGGCCGUUGUCUGAAAGGUGCUGGUUCAGCUGCGGCAUGCUCUGAGGAGGGAGGUGGUCGGUGCUACCUCUUGCUGCGACGCUGGUGCUCUCUGAAAACUCCUUGAGCCGGCUCGGAAAGGACGUGGUACAGCAUCGCUCCCUCGCAGGUCUCUCGGUCUCGAUGGGGAAGGCAGGGCUCCUGCCGCUCCUCCCGUGUUUGGGAUGCUCCGUCAGCUCCGAGAUGCUGCUGCUGCUGCAUCCAAAAACGUGUGCCUGCGUGGUGGCUGGUUCUGAAUGCGAGGAGGGAAGGUUUUAGGACUGGGUGACGAGAAAUGCACCUGAAGUGCAAGAAAGUACUAAGCUAUUUCACUCCGUUAGCAUCUUCCCCUCUGUAUGGGAGAUGUUAAUAGUUUUGCAAUUGUAUUUACGUUUUGGAGGAAGGGGGAUGUGACAUAGGCCUCCCCUUCACCAGAGAAGGAAAACUGAUUUUGCUCCCUUUUAAAUUGUGUUAGAAAACUACUGCUGUAAAACUUUACAUAAGUUAAAAGUUGGAGCAGAUAGAAGGAAGAGUGUAAAGUGCACUGCAUGCUGUUUGUUCUUUUGAGCUGAAAGAUUGAAUGUUUGUGUGUAAUCCAAGAGAAACGGUCUACUAACCACUGCCACGUUUUCAUCUAUUGGUAAACAUCAGCUGCUGGUUGGUCUUAAGGGAAGAAGACUGAAUUAGUUCCAGAUGGAGAACUCUUUCAGCCCAUUUUAGGCUUCCCAGUUGAUUUAAGACAGCAGGCAGAAAAAAUGGAAUAGACCACAUGAAGAAGCAUGUGAAGUUUAUUUUUCUGCAAGAUGUUAUUCCGAGGACCAAGCAUACUUUUUCAGGCCACAGGAGAUGAAAGACUAAUGACAUAUUUUUGUUUUGUCAGCGUGCUGUUCUGUGCUAAGUCAAUGUUGGUUUGUAUUAAGGACAAAUACUAAUUUCUUAAUGCCAGCAUGUCGACUAUGACAAGUGCUCAGACACCGGAGGAACCUAAUCCUCCCCCGCUUGAAGAAAAGCCAAAGGGAAAAUCACUAUUUCAUUUCGGUUCGCUCUUUGCUAACAGGAGUGAAAAAUUCGUAAUUGCUAGGAGUGAUAGUGUACCAGAGGAGAAUGUUCUGAAAAUAACUAUCACGGAGACUACGGUCAUUGAGUCGGACUUGGGCAUCUGGAAUUCUCAUGCUCUCAUCUACCUCACUUUGUGGUUUUUCUUCAGCUUUUGCACUCUUUUUCUUAACAAAUAUAUUCUUUCAUUACUGGAAGGAGAGCCCAGCAUGCUAGGUGCUGUUCAAAUGCUUUCAACCACCUUCAUUGGCUGCAUAAAAAUGUUUGUUCCAUGCUGCUUGUAUCAACACAAAACACGCAUCUCUUAUCCACCCAAUUUCAUCAUGAUAAUGCUGUUUGUUGGAUUAAUGAGAUUUGCAACAGUAGUCUUGGGUCUUGUCAGCUUGAAAAAUGUGGCAGUUUCAUUUGCAGAAACCGUUAAAAGCUCUGCACCUAUUUUUACUGUUAUCAUGUCUCGGAUGAUAUUAGGGGAAUACACUGGAUUGCUGGUUAAUCUCUCUCUGAUUCCUGUUAUGGGUGGGCUAGCUCUCUGUACAGCUACUGAAAUCAGUUUCAACAUUCUAGGUUUCUCAGCAGCUUUAUCUACUAAUAUCAUGGACUGUUUGCAAAAUGUCUUUUCCAAAAAACUACUCAGUGGAGAUAAAUACAGAUUUUCAGCCCCAGAGCUUCAGUUCUACACAAGUGCUGCUGCAGUGGUUAUGCUUAUUCCAGCAUGGAUAUUUUUCAUGGAUGUGCCUGUGAUUGGGAAAAGUGGGAGGAGCUUCAGCUACAACCAAGAUGUUGUCAUACUUCUCUUAAUAGAUGGAGUCUUGUUCCACCUACAAAGUGUUACAGCCUAUGCCUUGAUGGGAAAAAUUUCUCCUGUGACUUUCAGUGUUGCUAGUACUGUGAAGCAUGCGCUGUCAAUCUGGCUAAGUAUUAUUGUGUUUGGUAACAAAAUCACAAGCCUCUCGGCCAUUGGGACUGUUCUAGUGACAAUUGGAGUUCUACUAUAUAACAAGGCAAAGCAGCAUCAGCAAGAGGCUAUACACAGCCUGGCAGUUGCAGCCCCGCAAUCCGCACAAAGUACAACUGAAGAUACUGAGCCACUCAUUUCCAAGGAUCUGGAACCAUAUGAUUAAUACGGCCAUUUAUUCUUCCAACCUAGUGUAGCUCAAAGGAACUCUUCCUGAAAGUGGUUAUUUCUUCAACUGUUGAUGCUGAUUUGGUCCUUUGAGUUCAUGGCAGGUCAAGCCUGGGACUUGAAGCAGAGAGAAAACAAUGGGAAGAAUCCAAUAAGCUUUGAUUUACUGAGAAACUGAUAUACCAAACAGAGGACCUAGUGUCAUGUAAUGUGGUAAACUUGGGGUUUAUUGUCUUUCCUUGACUGCAAAUAACACACAAGCCUCUAUAUUAGAGAGACAACUUCAGUGUCUUGGGGGAAAAUGAUUUCUUUCUCCCUACCCAUCAAAAUAAUGUGAAAACAUGGACCCAUCACUGGAUUCUGCUUGCUUGCAGUGGAAUGAAAUUGGUGCAUAACUGAAAUUCCUAGUUGUUUGGUGCUCUACGCUGCCCACAUCCUCCAUCAUUUGUGUGCAUUGUAGACCUGGAAGAAGGAAUGAAACAAAUGACUUACUCUGGUGUAUGUUUAGUUGAAGCAAACUGUGGAAAUGAGUCCAUG